AUGCCGCUCCGCGAAAUACUUCACAAGAAGGACGCCCUCAACAACUCGGCGGCCCAAUAUGCCGCAGACGCGAUCCCUACAACCUCUGUGAGCACCGUUCCUCAAAUUACCUUUAUCCGGACCGAUACGAAUACCCACGAAGUCAUCCGUCCACCCGUCUUCGACGGAGAUGACGAUCACCCCGACAAUCGAUAUCUAGACCCAGUCCCUCCUUCCCCUUCGCACCGCAAGUCAUUAAACCCAUUCCGUCGAUCGCGUGCACCAUCGGAGUCGUCGGGUACGAGCUCGCCAACACGUCCGCGUGGAGAAAGACGGUUGACGCACCUGCUGCAUCUGGAUCGCUCGGGCUCGCGGAACUCCAGCUCGUCGUCGGUCAAUGUGCCGUCCGACCUUCCGCAGAUCAACAAUGAUAGAGGCGAUGAACAAGACAGGGAGGCACAAUGGGAGAGGAGGGCAACGGUGCUGGUGCAGCGCACCCCGCAACUCGGGGCUUCGUGUCUGUCGCCUACCUCGCCGACAGGCUUCGGAUUGGAUGGUGCAUCCUCCAGGUCGCGCAGUUCUAGUCAGAGUGGGAUAAACGGUCCAGGAGAGGAUAUCAAUAUCCAAGAGGCGAUUCGACUUCACGAAGCUGGAGAUCUAGACCGGUCAACAAAGAUGUUUGAGCAGCUGGCGGAUCCCAACGGUGCCAACAAUGCGCUCAGCCAGGUGCUCUAUGGACUGGCACUCCGACAUGGUUGGGGAUGCUCGUUAGACCCCGAUAGAGCCGUUAUGUACCUUUCGGCCGCAGCAUCCAACUCGGCAUCGAUCGAGUCCCAGGCGCUCCAGGCCGGCCUCAAGAAGGGCGGGUCGGCUAAGGGAGAGUUGGUUCUAGCCAUAUACGAACUGGCGAACUGCUUCCGUAACGGCUGGGGUGUCAAGAAAGACACCGUCGCGGCGCGCCAAUACUACGAAACGGCGGCCAACCUAGGCGAUACCGACGCGAUGAACGAAGUUGCUUGGUGCUACCUAGAAGGGUUUGGAGGGAAGAAGGACAAGUUUGCGGCCGCCAAAUACUACCGAUUGGCCGAGGAGAAGGGACACAAAUUAAUGGGAAAUUCCUGGAUCUGGAAGGACAAGUACAACCCGCACUGA